GGCACGCGAGCGCGGACCCGACCGCGUCGCACGGCCGCCCGCGAGCGCUUGCGUUCCCCGUCGCCGUUCCGUCCCGGCGCGAACCCGCCGCCGCCGCGAGUCGAGCGCGCGUUCACCCGCCGAACCCUCCCUUAGGCCUAACGCAAGGAGGGUGCCCAAAAUGGCGAACAGGGACACCGCGCUCUCGAGGGAGCAGCACGCCUUUCUCCAGGCCCUCAUGGCCAAAGGCGCGAUGCCGGAGAAGUCCGCCAAGAGGUUGUACGCGGAGAUCGCGAGCAUGGAUCCCGCCGAGGCGAACAAGACGUUCUCGCGGUUCUGGAACCCCAUCGCCAGCGCGCUCGGAUACCUCGACCUCGACAUCCGCGUGAUCCGGUACCAGGAGGACCAGCAGCUGUACAUUGGGGUGGUGAACAAGACGGGCGGGGAAGCGGCCAAGCUGGCGACUCGGCUGACCCCGGAGCAGAUCGCGCUGUUUCGCGUGGUGCUGGACGAGAUUAUGCGCGACGAUGGGACCGUGGAGAGGGGCGUGGACGUCAUAACCGCGCUCAACGCCACGCAGGUCGCGCCCACGCAGGGCGAGACGCAAGGAGACGGGGGCCUGUCGCAGGCGCAGACGCAGAGCGUGGCCAAGAUGAGCAAGAUGGAGAAGGAGGCGACGCUGAAACAGCUGUGCAAAGACGGCUGGCUGACGCAGGCGGACGACGAGGCGGGCUUCCUCAAGCUCGGCGUCCGGGCUUUCCUGGAGCUGAAGGAGUUUCUGCUGGAGCAGGCGCCGGAGCGCGCGAGGGCCAAGUGGGAGAGGAUGCUUUAGUUGGGCGGUGUGAGACGAGUAGAUUGUAAACGACGAUUGUUCCAACCUCC